AUGAACUGGAAUUGUCCUGAAUGUACUUAUCUAAAUCCUACGGAUCAGAAAAUAUGUGCUAUGUGCGAACAAGGAUACCGGCUUUUCUCGGACGCUAGCGAUGCAAAUGAAGACGAUAGUGCUAUUGCAACGAAUGAAGACGAAGACAGUGAAUCUGUGAAAACUCGAACGGACUCAUUGGUGCCGGACGACGUAAGUGAAGGAGAUGAAGACGACAGUCUUCUGGGAUCGUCAUCAACCAAAAAAGAUAUGUAUAUUCGCAAAGAUGGCCAUAUACUAUACGGCCAAGCGGCUGUUGAUGAACGAAAAAGAUCAAUAGCUCACCGAAAGGCUCUAUAUAUCCAAAAAUUAUGGCAAUUAUCAUCAAAACAACCGUCGAAUUCUUCGUUUACCAGGAAUUGCUUCCAGAAAUCAUCUGAAAACACGUCAACUGCACUUUUCGCCUCGCCAUCGGUUGACCAUUUCAAUACUUUAAAUGCAAAUCUUAAGGGUGUUCACGCUAGUGCUACUGCAACAACUGAAGUGGUCUCUGGCUCUGCAGUGAAUUGCAAUGCUACAGGAGCUAAUGUAUCUGCAUCAGCGGCAGCAACUGCUGUUCGUGCAAAUGCUUUCAAUGCAAACAUUACCGGUGCGAAUGCAUCUGCAUCAGCAACGGCAGACGCCUUGAAAGUUUCCGUGGGAAAUGUCAAUGUGACUGGUGUAGAAUGCGCCGCAUCUAGUUCUGCUUCACUAGCGAAAGUGAAUAUAGGAAAUGUCAAUGUGGCCGGUACAAGUGUUGGAGCAAGUUCAAGUAUCAAUGCAACCGGCGUUUCAGCUUUUAAUGUAUCUAUUAGCGGUCCCAGUGCUGCUGCUUCAGCGAAUGUGGAUGGCGCAUUUUCUUUUGGAAACAUCGUUCUAGGCGCUCGCCCUUCCCUCGAUGUCGGUUGGGGUUUUAACAUUGGCAUCCCGUUCCUGAACGGUUCUGGUGGUUCAACUGGUGGUGGUGGUGGCAGUGGUGAUAGUCGAAAUGAUGAGAAUAAUUCUAGUGAGCAACCUCGUGGUUUAGAAGGAUAUCAACAAUAUUUAUCGCAGAAAUUUCCAAAUCAACGGCACUAUUGGAGGGCAGCUGACUUCAAAAUAGAACCAAAUACAUCCAAAGAGCCAAUCGAUCCAACUCUGACUGAUGAGCGUGUGGAAAGAACCGAUCGAGAUGACGAUCAAGUUAACAGUGUUGUUGAUCAACAUAAUAAACUUAUCGAUGAAGGAUGGCAGUUCGCCGGCUAUAAAGGAGGACCAAAAAGAGAUGCUGAUGGUAACAAAGCAUCUAGCUCAGGUCCCGAAGCACCAAGUGCCGUGUCAUCAUCUCAAAAUUCGGAAUGGGCCGGUAUGUACACUUCGCCGUCACCAGCAGUUGCCGGAGGAUAUGCUGUGAACGAUGACGGUCGCCCGGGACAAAUUGAUCGUGUCUAUUUACGGAAAGAUGCGGCCUCUUCCUAUUAUACCAAGGUGGGGUUGAAUACGCAUAUCGGUCUUCAGGCUCUGCGUGACGUCAAAGAGCAUUCACAGGAACGCUAUAUUUUCAGCGGUCCUCAACACGAUACGGAUCCUGACCUACGCGCUCCUGAAACUGUUAUUUCUACAAGCGUUCGUGAUGAAGCUUUGAAUUGUGGAAAAAUCCGUUUUGAGCCGUCGGCUCACCAAGUAGAUCCACGUUCGUAUCGAGUGAAUCCAAUCUAUAACAAAGAACUUGCCUCAUCCCAAAUGAUUCCCGACUACACAGUUCGUAUGACGAAAGGUCCUGACGAUUGUGCACGCGACGGGGGUCGCGAGCGAUUAGCCCACGUAUUUGAUGGACGACCACCGUAUGUUUAUGAAACGAAACCGUCGAAGAAGUCUGAGCCAAGUGAAGAUGAUAAAUUGCUUAUAGAAGAAUGUCGAAAGUUAGGCAUUGAAAUUCCAUAUGGCAAUUUAGAAGAUUGGAAAAAAAAGUUGCGCAAUGAUCAUGAAUAUGAACGUGAAGAAGAUGACCGAAUGCAUCAAAUUCGAACUUCCUCCACGACUGCCGCUACUUUGUCUGAAAAAUCGAAGACUGAAAAAAAGGAAAAAGAAUCCAACAACGACGAACCGCCACCACCUUGUAAAGAUCAUCCACCUCACAUUCGAUGUAUGAACUGCUUGAAACGAUCGUCGGGAGCUGGUGUUCGCAACAUCCGUGGUCAACUCCAUGGUUUCAAAUUCGACUAA